AAAUAUAGCUAUAGUAUGAUGACAGCGGUACUCGGCAGCCGCUAGCGAGUGUUUAGUGUUCAGUUUGCGCAUACUGCCUGAGUUUAUACGAGGUUGAUUGUGUUUCGUUUUGACGCAUAAUAAUCCGUGGUGUUUCUGCGGCUUAUGAUCGAUUUGCGUAAUCUAUUUUCUUAAACAUACAUAAUUUUCUUUGCGAUUUCAGUGCGCCGCAGUUAUUAUGAAAGUGAUACAUUUUAACAUCGAUCAUAGCCGAGAGCUUAGGCACAUACGAGUAGCUAUAGCGUGAGGAAUUGCCACACCAGAUAAAAUGUAAGAUUCGUGUAGUAUUUGGCAUCACUAUGUUUAUAAAUGUGUGUGAAAUUACCGAAGAAAAAAUCACCAUAAACUAUGCGUUGUUAUUGUGUAAAAUGACAUUAUAAUACUUAUUUUUGAAAGUAGGUAGAUAUAAAAUUGUCAGAAUGCCUUCACAAAGCCAAGAAAUUAAUAUUGAUAUAAACUCUAAUGAAGAUUCGUCUUCCAUAAGUGAACCGAAGGAUGAAAGAAACCAGGAAGUUAAAUAUGUGGCUACAGAGAAUGUUGGAAGCAGUGUUCCGGCGGGCCUUAGUUCGGACCAAAAGCUGGCAUUUGCCUUAAGAGAUUUCUUGGGACCUUCUAGCAUGGUUCCCUCUGAUGAUACACCAUCUCCGUCCAUCACCGAGCAAAAGCUGCCUUACAUAGAUGAAAUUUUAGAUGCUGAUCUUGCGAAUUCCGACGAAGAGCUUAAGACGUGUCUGGAGACCGAGGAAGUUUUAAAUAACGCGGCAUGCAGGCUGAGACGAUGGCGUGCAGCAUCUCGAAAGCUUCGCAGACCUCGUAUCAUCGACAACCUUUGUAGUAGUAAAGAGUGUGGUAGUGGAAAAGCCUUUAGUGGCGGUCAUACGGAUUUAGCUGACCGUUUGAGAAGUUUGGCGUCGGCCGGAGGCAUGUCUGCAUCGGCUGGGGAGCUGAUGUCCUUGGCUCCACCACCACCUGCUGCCACUGCCCCAUCUUCACCAGGAUGCUUGCUCACACCCACUCUUGCCGACCAGAGUUCUGCUGAAUAUUUUGGGUCAAGUCCUGAGUGCUGUAUAGAUGUUAUCGGGUCCAAGGUAACAAACUCGUCUGGGACUCCCGUGCCACCCCCGGGACCGAGGUACAAGUUGGCUACAGAAGGGACUUUGAGAAUAUGUUCCUUUCAACAUACAAGGACGGUGGUUGACAAAAUCCUAGCAGCCAAAUUCUUCAGGAGAUGGGAGAGCCACGUUCUGUGUUUACUGGACGACCACAUCGUCUCAAAAACUCCUUGCGGCCAAAUGGAACGACCAUUGACGUACAACUGCAUGCAGGAAGUAUACUGUAUAUCGAGAUGGGAUCCCGCCAGAAAGUACUGUCUGCGAAUUGUAAUGCCUCAUGGAUCGUUAUUAUUACAGGCUAACGAUGCAUACACAAGGGACCAGUGGUACUACUCAAUAGUGUGGAGGAGAAACAUGCUGCGGUACCGUAAUAUAUUAACAAAAACCGUGAGGAAGGAGUUAGUCGUGAAAGAGUUAAAGAACAUGGUGGAUUUCGUGAUGACUACACCCUUGCAGGACGAGAGUGUGACGCGGACACCAUUGACGCUGCUAACUAAUUUACUCUCUGAGAACAAGGACAGUCCUGACUGGGAGGAAUGGGCUGAAACAACAACAAGCGUGGCUGCACCACUUUUAGCAGAGAGAGGUGUCAACGGUGAGCUGUGUGCCCUGCUCGCGCGGUUAUGUAGGCGAAGACCUCGUUCUGCUCCUUUGCCAGCACUGGCACCGCCUGUGAGGCGCGUACUGACUAGAAACGUUGAUUUCGGAAAGGCACCUCAUGCACGACAGUUCGUUAGAGACUAUAUAAGUGCCUUAAGCGCUCAUAACUCCGGACCGAGCCUAGUUCGACGCUUUGUGGAGGUCACACAUGGAAAUCGUGCCACGUGUCCCCAUCCUAGAGCUGCUCCCAACUUGGCAGCAGUGGUGUUGGCAGCUAUUGACGAUCACUACAGAAAUUACACCACGCCCCACCAGUGCGAUGAUACUGAAUACGACGUACUAUGCUUCGCGGAUAUCUUGGAGCACAUGUGCGAAUACGAAGACUGGCUGGCAAUAGUAGGUGGAGUGUUACAGCCCGUUCCUAUACGAGCUAGUGCCAUGGCGUGUCCUCGAGUUGCAUUCCGCUUGGGGAAUGUACUGAAUGCAUUAUCUCGGGAUCAGCGCUGCUCUGUGCACAGUUGUGUGGCAUCUGCCCGAGCUGCUCGGCCCUGCCCGCCGUCUUGGUUGCGGGCCGCGGCACCUUCAGAACCAAUUCUGUCAUUGCCACAUGCGAAGUUGUGUCAAGUGUGGGGAGAUAUGGUACAAGCUUUACUAAAUUGUUGCUGCAAAAGAAAAAGCUUCCUGCAAAGUAUGAGUAAACAAUUGCCGGACUUCAUGAUAGUUGCCUUGACUGCACACCCGGCAGCUUUAGAAGCCUUAUGCCUGAUGCUCGAAUGGGAGGUGGCCAGCGGGGAACAAACUCAAUUGGAGAUUAUUGCUGCCUUACAGGGAACUGAACUAGGAAAGCAGUAUUAUACAGAUCUAUGUGAACGACAGAAAACAUUGCAACGACUUCAAGCACACGGAGGUCCGAAACGGUUAGCCUUGCCAGUGCGUGCAACGGAUGAAGAUGUAGCUGCAUUACUGGAAGCGGGAGCCCUCGGGAACCUUGAAUGUUUGAGCCUUGCUUUCACUAGCGUCACCAGCGCUUGCGCACAUCAUUUAAUAAAGCUACCAUCACUUCGCUACCUCAACUUAUGGGCAACAAAGUUCGGAGAUAGUGGCGUUCAACUGAUUGCGGAACAUUUGCCGCGACUGCAAGUACUCAACCUAUGCGAAACUCCCGUCUCUGAUAAGGGCAUAGAGGCACUAUCAGGACUAUCCAGUCUUAGAAGAAUAAAUCUUAACAGCACCAAACUAUCAGCCGAGGCCUUCGAUACUCUACGUCAAAGGUUACCCCAGCUUCAAGAAUAUGACGUUCGCUACACUGAAGCUUGGUGACAAAAUAACUUUUCUUAGUUAAUAUAGUAUCUACAGGUUUUUAUCAAGGUACAAAUAAGUGUCUCGUCAGAAAUCCAGGUGCCAUGACAACAUUUAACAGAAUUAUUUGCGACUUCGAAAUUUUAGCAAUUUUUUUAAAUCUGUAAAUAAUUAAAUAAAUUAAUCAUCGUAGAAAUAUCCUAUAGUCCAAUAUCUUUUGAAGUUGGUUAAUAAAAUUGGAAUUUCAAGCGCAAUGGUGCCUAUAGAGAACGUGUUCCAACACUAUUCCGCAUUUUACGUUUAAUAUAAUCAAUCUGAAAUCUAGUGUGAAAAUCUGUCAAAUAUUUUUUUGCAUUGUUUGAUAGCACUUAAGACAAUAUUGUAACUUAAAAUAGGUGUUGGAAUACGAUCAUUUGAGCGAGACGAAUUAGGAAUACCUACUAUAUCAACAUUAAAUUAAAUGCAUUUAUUACAAAACCUUUCCUAAUCUAUAAAUUUCUUUAUAUAUUAAGUUUUAUUCCUAUGUAUACUUAUAGACUACUAUAGUUAUUAGGAUUCUUUACCGAUUAAGUAUUAUAGUAAUAAAAUAAAUCUAUGCCAGACUUAUCUCGAAUUUAUUCUACAUACUGCAUUUGUACAUUACAGUUAUUAUGUAAAUGAAAAUUCUUUAAAGUAUCUAAGGUUCAUGUACAUAUUUUGAUUUGACAAUUAAGAAAUCCGACUGCGUGUUGUCGAAACGGUUUUUAGUAAAGAUGAAAAUGUUUUGUUGAUAUAGUAUAUGAGUAUUAUGCCAACUUGAGUCUCUAUAAUAUAUUUUCGGUAAAAAAAUUGGUUAACCAUCACACAAUUGGAAUUUUAAAUCAACUUUAACUGCUAUUAUAUUCAGGUUCUACUUAAAAAGAAAAGGAAACUUAAAUAAGUUAGAGGAUAGAUGUUGGCGCGACCUUUAUAUUGAGAUAUAAUUUAAAUUAUUAGGACUAAAGUCAGGUUUUACUUCAAAUUAAGAGUAUUAAAACUAGAAUUGGUAAAAAUCGGAUACAGAGUAAUGAAUUGUAACACCAACUGCCAUUUCUGGUAGAAAAAUUGUCCUAACAAGUAUUAUUUUAGAUAUAGGUAGUUGUUAUGUUAGGCUGUGAGAACUGAUGAAAAUUUGUAUGAUUGAGAUACUGCGAAUGUGUUCUCGUAUGUUAAGUCGUUAGAGCUCUCCCGCCGUUUUAGAUAACAGCCGGCAGAAUGCUUACGUUGCUACAACACCAUUUUUUAACAUACACACAUUACUGCUAUGAAUGCAAUUCAUUUUGACAUGUAAUUGUUACUGAUAGUAUGCCUUUUUUUGGUUUCUAAAUUUGUUAAAUCUUCUUUAUAUCUUUAUCAAGUAACACUUCUUGAAGAAAAUUAUUAAAAAAACUAUUGAAUGAGUGUUUAAUUUUGUUGCAUUUCCAUUCAUUAAAAUAGCCAAUUAAUAUUAGCUUCUAUUAGUACAUGCGUAGACGACAGUCCAAUUAGGUGCAGGAAUAUGUAAGUUGGAUACCCAAUUGUUAUUUUCUAUAAUCAGCUUCGACCACGUAUUUCCUGAUCUAUUUUGUAUCAGUCCCAUUUUCAUCAAUGUAAUUGUUAAAAGGUGAUAUUGUAGCUUUUAUGGUCCUGCAGGUAAAAUUGUAAAUAUCUAAAGGUUUGCUGUUUGACCACGAUUGUAAGCAUAUUGUCACGUAAUGUAAGAAAACUUGUGGAUGCACGUUAUCAGAUUACUAAGACUGUUUUUUUCUGCUACCACAAGCUGUUUCUAUACUUAGUCAUCAACAUCCGAGGCCUAAUUAUGCGAUAUCACACAGAACAGAAUUAAGCUUGAAAUUUAUAAAUGAGCAUGUGAAAUAUUUCGAACGAGUGUGACAUCUUAAAGAACAUUGUCAGAGCGUUUAAAAUCUAAUGAUUAAUUGAAGACUUAAUACCAAUACUAGAAAAUUUCUUAAGUCAUGAUCUACACAAUAGUUAAUCCCUGGGGGGCUUCCAUGAACUUUCUUAAAACAAUCCAGUUGAGAUGCAGUUGAGUUUAGGUACCUACAGUUAAUAGCAUUUUUUCGCACCAUGACCGCCUAUAAGCUGAAACGUAUUUGCAUCGCAAGACCGAAUGAAAGAACGAUAAUUUUGUUUGAGGUUUCUAUGUAUGUUUUGAAAUUUAACUGUCUAACUUUCUUUGACAGAUAUUUCUAUAAAAAUGAAUAAAAUAUAAAAUUAUUUUCAAUAAUUCAUCAAUACAAAUGGCUUAUUAUUUACAUAUUAUAAAUUUGAAAAAUACUUAUAUUUUUUUAAACAACAAAAAGCAGAGGAUAAUCAUACAAUUCAUGAACAUAAUGAGGAAAAAUUUAAUUAAAAUAAAUAUCUACUACUGAUAUGGCAUUCUUAUUUAUUAUAAAAUAUGAUAUAUUGGGGAAUUAUGUUUUUUUAGACAUGCCUAAUUAAUUUAUUGAACAUAGUUUGUGCAAUUAUUUGUAGGUACACUGAAAUCUUCAACGAAUCAAAGUCGUUAAUCUAUAGCAAAUUAUAAACUCGAUAUCUACGAAGUCGGUAAAAGGGCAUUGCCGUCUUGUUUAUCAUCUCCGUCGAUAUUUUAAUAAUUUAUUUAUAAUCACACUUUCUAAACUCAAAAUACCCCAAAAUAUCCGAAGCAUAGACAUAGUAGAUACAUAUUUUAAUUUUAUAGGUUCUUAACUAUUAUUUGGACAAUUCGAUACAAAAAAGUUGAACAAAAAGUAACUUUUUUAUAAUCGCUUAUUCUGUCAUAGUUGGAAGGCGCAACUGUCAAAUUUCGGUUCAGCCGAGCGGUCAUGGUACGAAUUUUCAUACAAAUUGAACGAACGAAAUCUGAUAACCGCUAAGGUCACGUGGGAACAUAAACUGUCUCGUUUUUUCGAUGUCAUGGUACGAAUUAGCGAUGCAUCUCAGUUGUAGGUUGUCAAUAGGCUCGCAAUAAGAGUUCAUGGUAGGCCCCUAACCGCUAAGGUCACGUGGGAACAUAAACUGUCUCGUUUUUUAGAUGUCAUGGUACGAAUUAGCGAUGCAUCUCAGUUGUAGGUUGUCAAUAGGCUCGCAAUAAGAGUUCAUGGUAGGCCCCUAACCGCUAAGGUCACGUGGGAACAUAAACUGUCUCGUUUUUUAGAUGUCAUGGUACGAAUUAGCGAUGCAUCUCAGUUGUAGGUUGUCAAUAGGCUCGCAAUAAGAGUUCAUGGUAAGCCCCUAACCGCUAAGGUCACGUGGGAACAUAAACUGUCUCGUUUUUUAGAUGUCAUGGUACGAAUUAGCGAUGCAUCUCAGUUGUAGGUUGUCAAUAGGCUCGCAAUAAGAGUUCAUGGUAGGCCCCUAACCGCUAAGGUCACGUGGGAACAUAAACUGUCUCGUUUUUUAGAUGUCAUGGUACGAAUUAGCGAUGCAUCUCAGUUGUAGGUUGUCAAUAGGCUCGCAAUAAGAGUUCAUGGUAGGCCCCUAACCGCUAAGGUCACGUGGGAACAUAAACUGUCUCGUUUUUUAGAUGUCAUGGUACGAAUUAGCGAUGCAUCUCAGUUGUAGGUUGUCAAUAGGCUCGCAAUAAGAGUUCAUGGUAAGCCCCCUGUUCCUGUAUAUUACACGUUUCGUAGAUUUAAUGAAGAGGUUAAGACUUGUUCAGCGUUGUAAGUAUACGUUUAUAAUAAAACAUAUUAAUGGAA